UGGCCCAGAGGUGUGAAUGUGAGCGGUUGUUGGUCAGUCCUGUAAUGAACAGAGCCCCGCCCUCGCCGACGGUCACCGGGAUUUUAACAAGAGUAAGCUCAGUUUAACUUCAGACUCAAAGUUGAUUGACCUGUUAUCAACGAAAACCAUAAGUGAAGGACUGAUCCACUGCUGAAAAUAGUCCCCAACAAACUUCUGCUGAUGAAUAGUGGUGGGGAUUGAUAAGAGUUCAGUGUUUGUGGUUCCAUUUUCCAUAUCACCUUUCGACUCGAUGCUGCUGAAAAUGUAAAUACAGAGAACGGCCCCAGCAGCCUCUGAUGGUCAAACCUGUCUUGUCCUGUGCUGCCCCCCGGUGGCGUCUAUCUGUCAGAGCGGUUCCACCGACAGCCGUCCCAGCAGUCCCUGACCCACAGCCAGGCCCAGUCCGUCAGCUCCCUGACCUCCGACCUCUGGGACCGCAGCAGCGCCGACACCCCCGCUCCUGUCCUCCCUGGGGCGUACCACCAGGGCCUCCAGCAGCAGCAGCAGUACCACGGCUACAUGCACCAGACCAGCAUGUCGGCGGUCAGAUCCGUCACCUCGCCACCGCAUUCGGCCUCCAUGAGGGUUUACCGGGCGCUGUACGACUACGCCGCCCAGGACCACGACGAGGUGUCGUUCAGGGACGGCGACGUCAUCAUCAACGCUCAGCCCAUAGACGAGGGCUGGAUGUACGGCACCGUGCAGAGAACCGGCAAGUCCGGCAUGCUUCCCGCCAACUACGUGGAGUUCUGCAACUAGAGGAGACGCCAAACCUCCUCGCGUUUGAUCAGCCAUGUCCUGUGCAUUUCAGAACCAAGGACGAGUCCGGUUUGACAAACACUGACCUGGGCUUCCAUCUGUCAGGCUCCACAUGGACGCCUAAACCCGCUUCAGUUCCAGACUAUCUUAAAGUUUCAGUGUGUGAUACAUGGUGACAUCUAGUGGUCAAAUUGCAGAUUGCAGGAUCUUAACUUA